GUAUAUGGAGGUGGAGGCUGGAGGUGUAUAUAAAGGAGCAGCCAUAGCCUUCACAUUUGCAAUCAUUCAUAUAUCCAAUUAAUAAUAAUCAAAAUAUAAAUAAAUAAAUAGAUAGAUAUAUAUGGCUGCUACUAGAACUUCUACUUCAAGCUCUCAAGGAGGUUCUGGCGACGGCGGCACGUAUUGGAGUGCAAGAGAGAACAAGGCGUUCGAGGAGGCACUGGCGGUGUACGACAAGAACACGCCAGACCGGUGGUACAACGUGGCGAAGGCCGUGGGAGGCGGGAAGACGGAGGAGGAGGUGAAGAGGCAUUACCAAAUCCUCGUGAGGGAUGUCAACCGCAUUGAGUCCGGCCGCGUCCCCUUCCCCAACUAUACCACCACCACCACACGCCCCUCCUCUUAGUCUCAUCAUCAUCAGAUCAUCUCACUCAUUUUUUAAAAUUUUUUAUAUUAAGUUAAUAAUUAUUAUUAUUAUUAUAAAAAUACAAAUAAAAAUAAUUAUAAUCUCAUAAUUAUAAUAAUAAUAAGAGCAGGGAUCUUUUGACAACGGGUGUCGAUCGUAAUGUCAUGACGCGGGGAUUAUUUGAGAGGCUGGUGUACUAUGUUUUGUUAGAUCUGAUAUGAUGUGAUAUCUCCUCUACGAAAAAAUUCGUUGUCCUCUACCAUGACCCGCUCUAGUGUACGUGUGACAUUUUUUUUGGAACAAGUCGGUUCGACUUGAAGGUCUUAUGGUGCUUUGUUAGAUUUUAAUAAAGUGAUUCCUACCUGCAACCCUCUCUAGUGUUUCAUGUUUUCUAUGGGGUUGGGGUAGAGGGG